AAAAAUUCAAAGGCCAUAAUUUAAUUUUUUUUUGUUAGCUCUAAUUGUCAAGGGACUUUAAUUUGUAAUUCUCUUUAGAAAGUGAGUAGUAAAGGUCAACUCAAAUAAGAACUCUAAGGGGAAAUUCUGUGUGUGAUUGUUUUGGUGAGCGUAUUAGAGUAUUGCAAACACAUUUGAGCGAAAACACGUGAGGGAGUGUUAGAAUAGGUGUUUUCUAACGUUUUUCUUGCAGGUUUACAUCAUGGACCCUAAGGAGAAAGUUACCUUAGAAGCAAUACAAGGAAUGUUACAGAAGAUGAUGUUACAACAAGAGGACAUGAGGAGUGAAAACCGCAAUGUCCAAGAAAGGUUGGAAAGGUUGGAACAAGGUACCCCUAGCCGUGGCAAGAUAAGAGACACAAAACGUAGCCUCUUUGAUGAUUUAGAAGGGGAGAUUGAAGAAGAAGGAUCUACACGUUCCAACAAAGGCAAAUCAAAAGAUUGGAAUUUAGGUUCAAUCAAAAUGAAGAUUCCAGCUUUCCAUGGUAAAAGUGAUCCAGAGGCAUAUUUAGAGUGGGAGAAGAAGGUAGAGCGUGUAUUUGAGUGCCAUAACUACACCGAAGAGAGGAAGGUGAAAUUGGCAGCCGUUGAAUUCACCGACUAUGCUAGUGUAUGGUGGGAUCAAUUUACCUCGACUAGGCGCAGAAGCGGAGAAGGUCCUGUUUCUUCAUGGUUUGAGAUGAAAACAAUCAUGAGGAAGAGAUUUGUACCACAACACUACUAUAGGGAGUUGUACAAUCGAUUACAAAGGUUGAAUCAAGGAUCCAAUAGUGUUGAAGAAUAUCACCAAUAGAUGGAGAUGGCCAUGAUUCGAGCCAACAUUGAGGAGGAUAGGGAAGCUACUAUGGCACGUUUUCUUUCAGGUUUGAACCGUGAUAUUGCUAACCUUGUUGAGUUGCAUCAUUAUGUAGAUUUUGAGGAUAUGGUACACAUGGCAACCAAGAUUGAAAAACAACUAAGAUAAAAAACCAAGGCUAUUUCGACCCCAACAUCAUGGAAGCCGAAUUGGAAAGGGAACAAGGGAGGUGAUGCAAAUACAAAUAAGGGCAGAUCUGAUCAAAGCAAAAAUAAAGAGCUCACUACACCAAAAAUGCAACCAAAGGAUGACAAAUCCAAGGGUAAAUCACGUGAUAUACAAUGCUUUAGGUGCUUGGGAUACGGACAUAGAGUUGCACAAUGUCCAAAUGCAAAGGUGAUGACCUUACGCAAUGGGGAGGUGGUGAGUGAAGAUGGGAGCGAGGAUGAUGAUGACUUGAGUGAUAUACCACCAUUGGAGGAUGUUUCAGAAGAAGAGGGCGAUGAACCAGCCCCUAAAGGACCAAUUUUCACGUUGGUUGCAAGGCGUGCUCUAAACAUGCAAGCUAAGGAGGAUGAGGUACAACGCGAAAAUAUCUUUUAUACUAGAUGCAUGAUAGAUAAUAAAUUGUGUAGUAUGAUUAUUGAUGGUGGUAGCUGCACUAAUGUUGUUAAUGCUGGUUUAGUUGAUAAAGUGGGGUUGAAAACAACUAAACAUCCUAGACCUUAUAGGUUGCAAUGGUUGAAUAAUAGUGGGGAUAUUAAGGUCACGAGGCAAACAUUAAUUUCAUUCUCUAUUGGGCGUUAUCAUGAUGAGGUUUUAUGUGAUGUAGUACCUAUGCAUGCUAGUCACAUAUUAUUGGGACGCCCUUGGCAAUAUGAUAGGCGUGUUAUACAUGAUGGGUAUUCUAACCGAUAUUCAUUCAACAUGAAUGGUAGACAUGUCAACUGGUUACCUAUGACGCCUAAAGAAGUAUACGAAGAUCAAAAAACUUUGAAGAAUAGUGUGCAAAGAGUGGCAAAAAAAGAGGUAAAAGGCAAUUUUUAUGCAAGAGGGAGUGAGGUUCGAAAGGCUUAUUUAACAAGGCAGCCUUUAAUACUAUUGGUAUUCAAGUAUGCGUGUUUAUCUUUUGAAUCUAACUCAAUUCUCUCUUCUCUCCCUAGUUCUUUUCAAGCUUUGUUGCAGGAAUUUGAAGAUUUAUUUCCCGAAUCCAUGCCUGAUGGUUUGCCGCCAUUGAGGGGGAUAGAACAUCAAAUUGACUUCAUUCCUAGAGCACAAAUUCCAAAUCGCCCAGCUUAUAGGAGCAAUCCCGAAGAAACAAAGGAGUUACAACGUCAAGUGGAUGAGUUGUUGUCAAAAGGGUUGAUUAAAGAAAGCAUGAGCCCAUGUGCCGUUCCUGUUCUAUUGGUGCAAAAAAAGGAUGGAUCAUGGCGUAUGUGUGUUGAUUGUCGCGCCAUCAACAAAAUCACUAUAAAGUAUCGCCAUUCUAUUCCUCGUUUAGAUGAUAUGUUAGAUGAAUUGCAUGGUGCACGUAUAUUCUCUAAAAUUGAUUUAAUGGCUGGUUAUUAUCAAAUUAGAAUGAAAGAAGGAGAUGAAUGGAAAACUGCCUUUAAAACAAAAUAUGGUUUAUAUGAGUGGUUAGUGAUGCCUUUUGGGUUAAUUAAUGCUCCUAGUACGUUCAUGCGCUUGAUGAACCAUGUUUUGCGUGAAUUUAUUGGCAAAUUCGUUGUUGUCUAUUUUGAUGAUAUACUUAUGUAUAGCAAAUCACUUAAAGAGCACAUUUUGCAUGUGAGAUCUGUUUUUUGUGUUUUGCAUGCGCAAAAGUUGCAUGCUAAGCUUGCUAAAUGUAUGUUUUGUGUGCCUAAGGUUACAUUUUUAGGUUAUGUUGUUAGCGAGCAUGGUAUUGAGGUUGAUAAUGAAAAGGUUAAGGCUAUUGAAUCUUGGCCUACACCUAAAAACGUUGGGGAUGUUCGAAGUUUCCAUGGCUUAGCUAGUUUCUAUAGGCGUUUUGUGCGUGAUUUCUCUAGCAUAGCCGCCCCUUUGACAGAAGUUAUUAAAAGGAAUGUUGGUUUUAAGUGGGGUGAUGAACAAGAUAGUGCGUUUAAUAUGCUUAAAUCUAAGUUAAUUUCUGCUCCUAUUCUUGCUUUGCCUAACUUUGAUAAAACUUUUGAGAUUGAAUGUGAUGCUUCGGGAGUGGGAAUUGGUGUUGUUCCUUUGCAAGAGGGCAAGCCAAUUGCAUACUUUAGUGAAAAAUUGAAUGGCGCAGCAUUGAACUACUCAACAUAUGACAAGGAAAUGUAUGCAUUAGUGAGGGCAUUAGAGACAUGGCAACACUACCUUGUGCCUAAAGAGUUCGUCAUCCAUACCGACCAUGAAAGUUUGAAGUAUUUGAAAGGUCAAAACAAACUCAAUAAGCGACAUGCAAAGUGGAGUGAAUUUCUUGAAUCCUUCCCAUACGUCAUCAAAUAUAAGCAAGGUAAGGAAAACGUUGUGGCUGAUGCAUUGUCUAGAAGGUAUGCACUUCUUACUACUUUAGAUGCUAAAUUGCUUGGUUUUGAGCAUAUUAAAGAGUUGUAUGCACAUGAUCAUGAUUUUAGCAAUGUUUAUAAUGCAUGUGAGAAAGCUGCCUUUGAAAAAUUUUAUAAGCAUAAUGACUACUUGUUUCGUUUGAAUAAGCUUUGUGUGCCUAAGUGUUCUUUGCGUUUGAUGUUAAUUCGUGAGGCACACGAAGGAGGUUUGAUGGGUCACUUUGGCAUAGCUAAAACUUUAGAUAUUUUACAAGAGCAUUUUUUUUGCCCUAACAUGAAAUCUGAUGUUUCUAAGUAUUGCACUAAUUGUAUCACAUGUUUGCAACCUAAGUCUAAAGUGCAUCCACAUGGUUUGUACACGCCAUUGCCUGUCCCACAUUCACCUUGGGUAGAUGUUUCUAUGGAUUUUGUACUUGGACUACCUAGGACUAGACGUGGUCAUGACAGCAUCUAUGUGGUAGUUGAUCGGUCUAAGAUGGCACACUUUAUUCCAUGUCAUAAAACUGAUGAUGCUUCAUAUGUUGCUGAUUUGUUCUUUAAAGAGGUAGUACAUUUGCAUGGUAUGCCAAGAACUAUUGUUAGUGAUAGGGAUGCAAAAUUUUUGUCCUACUUUUGGAAGACCUUGUGGGCGAAAUUAGGAACUAAGUUGUUAUUUAGUACUACUUGUCAUCCACAAACUGAUGGUCAAACUGAAGUUGUGAAUAGAACUUUAGGGCAAUUAUUGCGUGCUAUCAUAAAAAAGAAUGUGAAGUCUUGGGAUGAAAGUUUACCCCAUGUAGAGUUUGCAUAUAAUAGGGUUGUGCAUUCAUCCACGCAUUAUUCACCUUUUGAAAUUGUGUAUGGUUUUAAUCCUUUAACACCAUUAGAUUUAUCUCCUUUACCUUUGGAAGAGCGUGUUAAUUUUGAUGGUGCUAAGAAGGCAGAAUUUGUGCGCAAUUUCCAUGAGAAAGUGAGGCAAAACACAAAUAAAAAGAACCAACAAGUGGCGAACCAAAGGAAUCAAGGGCGUAAGAAGUUGGUUUUUGAGCCUGGCGAUUGGGUUUGGCUACAUUUGCGCAAAGAACGGUUCCCUUUGCAAAGGCGAUCUAAACUUCACCCACGAGGAGAUGGACCUUUUCAAGUUGUUGCAAGGAUUAAUGACAAUGCAUAUAAAUUAGAUCUCCCUGGUGAGUAUAAUGUUAGUGCAACCUUUAAUGUUUCUGACCUUCUUCCUUUUGAUUAUGCAGGUGGAGAUUCGAGGUCGAAUCCUUUUGAGGAAGGGGGGAGUGAUGCGAAUGAUCAAGGGAUAACUUCACCAAAUUCGCACAUGGGGAAGCAUAACGAUGGAGGUUCAAAUUCUACUUCAACAAACACGAAGAAGUUGGAUCCAUUGAGCUAUGACGGAGGCCCAAUUACACGAGCAAGAGCCAAGAAGAUGAAAGCGGCAAUCAUUGGGCUUGUUCAAAGCGAGUUUGAAGACUUGUUUCCCAAAGAGAUUCCCCAUGGAUUACCUCCUUUAAGAGGUAUUGAGCACCAAAUUGACUUCAUACCUUGGGCUGUCAUACCAAAUCAACCUGCCUAUACAAAGGAGAUACAAAGGCAAAUAGAUGAGUUGGUGGAAAAGGGAUUUGUCAGAGAGAGUCUUAGCCCAUGCUCUGUUCCUGUCAUUCUAGUCCCAAAGAAAGAUAGAACAUGGCACAUGUGUGUAGAUUGUCGAGCCAUCAAUAAGAUCACGUGGGAAGAUGUGCAUGAUCGGGCUUUCAAUACCUUGAAAGAAAAGAUUACUAAUGCACCUUUGUUAUGUCUACCUAACUUUGAUAAAAUUUUUGAGGUAGAAUUUGAUGCAUCUGGAAUAGGAAUAGGGGUUGUUUUGAUGCAAGAUUUCAAACCAAUUGCUUACUUUAGUGAAAAACUAAGUGGGGCAGCCUUGAAUUAUCCCACUUAUGACAAGGAACUUUAUGCAUUGGUAAGAACUCUUCAAACAUGGCAACAUUAUUUGUGGCCAAAGGAAUUCAUCAUUCAUUCUAAUCAUGAGAGCUUAAAGUUCUUGAAAUCCCAAGGUAAGCUUAAUAAAAGACAUGCUAACUGGUUGGAGUUCAUCGAAAUGUUUCUUUAUGUGAUCAAGUACAAACAUGGAAAAGAAAACGUUGUUGCCGAUGCAUUGUCUAGGAGGUACACACUACUUACUUCUUUGCAAACUAAGUUACUUGGUUUUGAAUUACUUAAGGACUUAUAUACUAAUGAUUCUGAUUUUAGCCAAGUAUGGAAUGCAUGUGAUAAGUGUGCGUUUGGUGAUUUUUAUAGGCAUGAAGGAUUUCUGUUUAGGAGACAUAAAUUAUGUGUGCCUAUUUGUUCUAUUCGUGAGUUGCUUGUUAGGGAAACUCACAGGGGUGGGUUGAUGGGUCACUUUGGUGUGCAAAAAACUUUAGAUAUAUUGCGUGAGAAUUUUUAUUGGCCUAAUAUGAAGCAUUAUGUGCAAUCUGUUGGUGAUAAGUACAAUACAUGCUGUUUUGCAUUGAUUUGGUUAGUCUAUCCUCACCUUUCUCUUUCUCCCUCACUUUAUCUUUUGUCCAUAACCAUUCUUAGCAUGUCGUCUACUGGACAAGUUAAACCUUCUGAAGCUGCUGUAGUAUCCGUUGGAGAGAAAGAUAAUAAGGCUUCUUGGAGCUCCCUCUUCUCACCAAAGGAGUCUUGCACUAAGCUGGAAUAUUAUGAGCCUAGAGGAAGAGAUGCAAAAGGGCGCAAAAGACCUCCAUUCUUGACUGUUAAAAGAACACUUGAGAAGAUAUGGGCAUCAUAUGGACUAAGUGAGGUUAUGACCUCUGGCCAAGGAGUAUUCAUACUAAAAUUCCAAGACAUGGAUGGAGUUUCUAAAGCGGUGGAAGUGGCUAUAUGGGUGAGAUUGUAUGGCAUCCCACUUGAGUUUUGGUCUCCAAAAGGACUCAGCUAUAUAGCAAGUGCCAUUGGGAAUCCUCUUUAUAUGGAUGCUGUUACGGAAGGAGGGACAAGAUUAAAGUUCGCACGGAUAUGUAUUGAGAUCAAAGUGGAUUCGGACUGCCCAGAGUCUAUUAAUUUAACUCUACCAAAUGGUGAAAGCUUGGUGAUCAAUGUAGAGUAUAGUUGGAAACCACUAAAAUGCAAUGGGUGCCAAUGCUUUGGACACUCCAUUGCCAAUUGUCAUUUAGCUCCGAAAUUUGAAGGUAGCACAUCUUCACGGAAAAACCUCAAGGAUGGGGAUGGAAUGAUAACAGCAAAGAAGCUACUUGGGAAAGAUAGCAAACUGAAGGUGGCAAACAGCAAUGACAAAAAGGCCAAAGGUAAAGGUGUGGAGAUUCAUAAUUCAGUGGAAAACACUAAUAAGAAUAAUAGAUAUUCAGCAUUAGCCAACCAUGAGUCCCAUGGACAAAUCAAUAGGAGCAUAAUGAUGGUUGAAGAGGUAAACCCGGAGAAAACCAAUGAAGUAGUCACUUCGGCAGUAAAAGAAAAGGUGAAUGAAGCUAGCACUUCCAAGAAUAGUCAAGUUAUAGCAGCAAAGGGAAUAGAUAUAGAGGAUGAAGGAGCUGGUUCAAAUGGUGGGGAGGACUUGGAAAAUGAGGGCUCUCCAACAAUAGUCCCAUUUGGAGGAAAGCUAAAAGUGGCUGAGAUGGAUCUUAGGAAGAAGAAAGUGGAUAUGAAGACUAUGAACUUGGGGAAAAAAUUGGCAAAGCUCAAGAAAGCUAAUUCCCCUCCACCAUCAUCCAAAUGA